GUGGUAAGUGUUCUGCUCCCUUCCUCGUUCACACUCUCCAAUCCCUCCAACCUGCCUGCUGUCUGAUAUAAUCUUUUUCUCUUUUGUCUUCUGAUAUAUUCUUAUUCAAGCAGAAGAUCGUAAAACCUCUGACCUACACUCCUUUUUCGGGGAUUUCAUUUCUUCUGUUCUACUGUAAUUUCUCAUGGAUUUCUCCGCCGUUUGAUGGCGUUUUUAGGGUUAUAUAGGAUGGACUCUGAAACCGAGCAAACCAGUUAUUUUAAGAGCGGCGAAGCUGCGAAUGGUGAUCUUCAAAGACAAGCUGAACAAGUUGGAUGCGAAGGCACUGCUGAUUGCUUAAGUAAUGGAAGCCAUGGAAACGCCCAGCCUGAAGGAACCACCACCACCACUAGAGAUGCAGAUUUCGAUGCGGAUAAUCACAAUGGGACUAAAAAGAGGCCUAGGCAGCGGAGGGAAAUGACAUUGCAAGACAUGUAUAACCAGCAAGCGGACUACGACGACGACGACGACGACGACGAUAGUGACUGGGAACCCGUGCAGAAGCAUGUAGUGAGCGAGAAGUGGUUUUGUGUUAACUGUACAAUGGUUAACUUCGAUGAUGUUGUCUAUUGUGAUAUCUGUGGAGAAUAUAAGGAGUCUGGAAUAGUUAAGCAUGGUUUUUUUGCGCCUAAUGAUGCACAAGAAGCAGCUCCUGCUCAGGUUGAAACAGUGGCGACCAGUAAGGGCCAAGAGUCAUGUGAACAGAAAUCAGCAUUGGAGAACUUCACUGCAGUUGGUUUUGAUGAGAGAAUGUUGCUUCACUCAGAAGUUGAUAUGAAGUCCCAUCCACAUCCAGAAAGACCAGAUCGCCUUCGAGCAAUUGCUGCUAGCCUUGCUACUGCAGGUAUUUUUCCUGGAAGAUGUUUAUCAAUUCCUGCUAGGGAAAUUACUCAAGAAGAGCUCCUGCCAGUCCACUCCCUGGAGCACAUUGAAGCUGUUGAAAUUACAAGUUGCAUGCUGUCUAGCGAUUUUGACAUCAGUUCAUUGCAUUUGAUCAACAGCUAUUUCACUCCAGACACAUAUGCUAAUCAACACUCAGCAUGUGCUGCAAGGGUUGCGGCAGGGUUGUGUGCAGAUCUUGCUUCAGCAAUUAUGUCAGGGCGAACCAAGAACGGUUUUGCUUUGGUUAGGCCUCCUGGACAUCAUGCGGGUGUAGGACAAUCGAUGGGCUUCUGUCUCCACAAUAAUGCAGCAAUUGCUGCAUUGGCAGCUCAGCGUUCAGGUGCCAAGAAAGUAUUAAUUGUUGAUUGGGAUGUACAUCAUGGAAAUGGCACACAAGAAAUAUUUGAGGGAAACAAAUCGGUAUUGUAUAUUUCCUUGCAUAGGCAUGAAGGAGGGAGGUUCUAUCCAGGCACUGGAGCAGCAGAUGAGGUAGGGAUUUUGGGCGCAGAAGGAUAUUGUGUGAAUGUUCCAUGGAAGUGUGGGGGAGUUGGAGACAAUGAUUAUAUUUUUACGUUCCAACAUAUUGUGAUUCCUAUAGCUUUGGAGUUUUCCCCUGACAUCACCAUUAUUUCAGCAGGUUUUGAUGCUGCAAGGGGUGAUCCCCUUGGAUGCUGUGAUGUAACUCCUACUGGUUAUGCACAGAUGACACAUAUGUUGAGUGUACUUUCUGGUGGAAAGUUGCUUGUUGUUCUUGAGGGCGGCUACAAUCUUCGGUCGAUAUCAUCAUCAGCUACAGCUGUUGUAAAGGUGCUUCUUGGUGAAAGUACUGGAUGUGAAUUGGAUCGUGUUGUACCUUCCAAAGCUGGCAUGGAAACUGUUUUGGAAGUAUUGAAAAUUCAGAAGAACUUUUGGCCUACCCUGCAGGCCAGCUUUGCUCAGUUACAAUCACAAUGGGGAUCAUUUCCUUUCCAAAACAGAAAGAAAUCGACAAAGAAGAGACGACGUGUUAUUGGGCCAAUAUGGUGGUUAUGGGGAGGAAAGCGGUUAAUGUAUAAUAUCUUGUAUGGGCAACUUCGUAUAAAAGCAAAAGUUCGUCCCAGAAGAUCCUGCUGCUGAUCCAACUUGUCGUUCAUUCCACUUUUUGGUUAAAGGAGCCACAUCCAAUUUUCAUGCAGUCUUCGCAUAUUGGAUUCCAGAUGGAGUUUUCACUUUUCAGUGGUGAUGCCCCAUGUCUCCUCCUUGUACAUUUACUGUUAGCACUUCCUCUGUGGCAGCCGGGUGUCGUGUCACAUUAUUAAGAACCGCAUCGAUCUACGCUGUUGGAAACAAAUCAUGCAAAAACUAAAGAUGGUUUUUUUGCCGUUAAUGAUUAUCGUCACUCUUUUUGGUGAAUUGUAGUGAUUGGUUUGGAUGCAUGCAACACUCUUUUUGGUGAUUUGCCGUUAAUGAUUAGUGUCACUCCUCACUCCUCA